AUGUCUCCGACCGACAAAACCAACAACAUCAAAUACAGAAACAAAGGCAACAAAACCCAGAGAAGCAACAGUAGCAACAAUAUAAUCUCAACCGUCAACAUCAUCUUAACUGCCAUCUUCAUACUCGCGACAACAUUGAAAAACAACAACAACAACAGCAACAACAUAAUAACAACAACAAUUGCUGUCGCAACUGAAAUAAUGGCGACAUUUGCAAAGGCUACUGCCGUUUCUAACAACCCCAACCACAACAACAACAUCAUCAACAACAACAACAUCAGCAUCAACAACAACAACAUCAACAACAACCUCAACAACAACUUUAACAACAACAACAACAACAUCAACAACAACACUUUGCUCGUCAAGGCAUACAGACUGCAAAACAAUCGAAUGGAUGUUAUGUCUAUGAAAGGCUACAGAUCAUACUGCCAAUCUCAACACUUCAAUGUUACUUGUUCUCGAUACAUCAACAACAACAAAAACAACAACAACAAUAACAACAACAGCAGCAACAGCGUAAUUAUUAUCGAAGGCGCUCGCUUCGGGCGCAUGCGCGCCGGAAGUUGCGUGUCCGGAAGUCACGGCUACGUCGGCUGUUGGGCGGAUGUGACGUCACAACUAAACCGAAAAUGCGGUGGCCAGAGAAGUUGUCAGGUGAGGGUCAUGGACCCCAUUUUGAAUGUGGCCAAACCUUGUCCACGUGAUCUGAGUUUGUAUCUGGAGGUCAAGUAUAAAUGCGUUGAAGCUACACCAGCAAGCCAUCAGAUCUGUUUUCAAAAUAUCAACAACAACAGCAGCAACAACAAUAAUAAUAACGACAAUCACAACAACAGCAGCAAUCAAGACAACGACAGUAAUAAUGAUGCAAACAACUACAUCAACGACAACAUUAACAAAACCAACAGAAUCAACGAUAACACGCCUAAUACAUCAAAACUCGAUAACUAUGAUAACACAACAACAAAGAACAUCAACAACAGCAGCAGCAGCAGCAGCAACAACAACAAUGACGUCACUUCCGGUUAUUUAUCCAGCCUCAUAGCCAGACAGCACAACAUCGGUAACGAAAAAUGCCCGUGGCAGCUAAAAGUAAAACGUCACCAAAGACUUAAAAUAACUUUGGUGGUCAUUUCCGGUCCCGUUCUAAUUACGUCACACUCAGGGAUGGGCGGGAGGGGAUACAAUUUCAACUUUUUUGAAAGCAUCAUACCCAGCAGCCACAGCAGUUACAGCAGCCACAGCAGUCACAGCAGCCACAGCAGCCACGGCAGCAACGACGACGACGGUCACGCCAGAGAAUAUUUCAUCCCUGACAAUCAAAAGAGCAAAACGUUCAAGCAUUUUGACAGGAAACUCAACGAGUUCAUUCACAACGACAAAAACAACAACAACAAAAUCAACAGGCGUGGUUUCAACAACAACACCAAAUUUAACAGAUUAUUAUGUCUUUUUUCAUUCAAAAACGUCGAAAAAUUUAAUGACAUCAACAAAUUUAAUGACAUCAAUGAAUCCAACGACAGCAACGAAACCAACGACUUUAAAAACAACAUUUUGUGUUGCGAAUAA